CUGGAGCUCCGAUUUGGCUCCUAAUCCGGGAUCUUCCAUAUGCCUUAGGUGCAGCCCUGAAAAGCAAAAAACAUAAUAAUAAAUAAAUAGAAAGAAAAAGGGUCCUCAUCUGGGUGGACAUAGCUGGGCAGGCAGCAUGUGAGCUGGAUUCAUCCUCACCAUCCCUUGUUAGGUGUAUUUGAUCAGUAUACCACCUAUACAACCGUACACAACAGCCCUGAUAAACCAUAAUUGAGGGCUUAACAUUUGCCAAGUUUUUUUUUUUUUUUUCCCCAGAAAACCACUUUGCCUCUAUUAAUUCAUUCAAUCUUCACAGUAGCCCAGUGACAUAGGUAUUGAUGUCCCCAUUUUAUACUGGAGGAAACCAAGGUACCGAGAAGUAACAUAUUCGGAAGCUCGAAUGCUAAGACCCAGUCACUGAGCAGUCACAGAACAAGAAGUAGAUUGAGCUUCAAAAGCUAGUUUGAUUGAGGCCCUCAUGAGAAAGAAGAAAGAUUGCUCUUUUCUGUCUCUAUCAAAGGAAGUAAUACCCACUCUCAGCUCAGAAGGAAGAAGAUGAAAAGCUCAUCUGGCAGCUGAAAGAAAGGAAGGAAAGAGGCAGGCCUGGCCCCAGCCUCCAAUGGCUUGCCUUCUGAAUUACUUGGUAGUAUGAGGUGGCAAAUCCAGUUUGGCGCCUGGCAUGAGGGUGAUGAGUAAGUGCUGCCUGGGUGUGGUGUGGAGGGAAAAGGCCCUACAGGGCCUCUGACCUGGGCAGCAAUGGGCAAUAGCAGAAAUUUCUGAACAUGCUGUCCUGAUGCUAUCCUGUCCAGUGGUGUUCACCUGCAAAUGCCCUUCCCAAGCUCUUCCAGGAAGCCUUUCCAGAAUGCCAUUUCACAGCAGCAUAUACAUUAUCUCUUAUUUUUCACUCUAUACAUCUCAGUACUUAAUUAGCUAGAAUCAAGCAUUUUAUUACAGACACUCUAUAGACAGUAUUUUAAACAAAAUAAGCAUCUCAGCCAAUGAGAAAGUCAUGAUAUCUCUUGGAAAGGGUAGGCUGGUGGCCAACACAUUUCCCAGAAGGAUGAUGUUUACUCUACAUCAUGUCACCUGUCCCAGGGUCUUGCUCUUAGCUGUGCCCACUGGGAAAUCCUAGCUCCGCAGUUUUUAGAAAGGUUUGGACUUGGGCUACUGAGUUAUCUCAAGAGAGCUCCCAGAAGUGGGUAUACAAAUAAGAUUGCUUGUGUAUCAAUUUGCAAGGAGACUUUGUCACCAUCAUGCAGACUGGGUGAUACCUGGCAAGCCACAUGGGAAACCAUGGAUCAGAAGGCAGCUUGUGCUUGGCAAGCUGGAUUCAAAUCAGAGUAAGGGACUAAUGGUCCCAUAGCAUGGGCUCUGUUUGCUUCCUUGGCCCUCUUGCCAAUGAGAAGAUACCCUCAAGGUAGACCAGUACUCCUAUGUAUCUCCUUGGCCAGUCCCUUCAGUGCAAUGUUUACCAGUAGGACUUCUCCCUGUCCUCUUUCAUAAUUUAGCAGUUUUAACUUUACUCACUUAUUUAGUGCUUUAUAAGCAUUAGCUCCCAACUACAUUGAGUUGCAUUUGCACAAGUUAAAGAACCACUAUAAAAUUUUAGGGUUGUAGGUUCAGACCACAGGGGUAAAUGCUAUCUGCUAUGUGCAAAUCAAGGGGAUGGUCAGAUGGAUGGGUCAACCAGAAGUCAAGGUAGAGCUGAUGGUCCCCAAUCAGCACGGAUGCUCGAGGAAAUGGAAGCUCCAAUUACUGUAGCCCCUGUGUGAGCCUGGGGGUGAAGCAGUCCUAAGGCAGUGCUUGCUUUGGCUGCCUUAGCCACCUGGCCUGCCCCACUGGCCUCUGGAUUUAAAGCACUGUUCCUGCUCUCAGUCCAGACCUGGCUCAUCUUUAGUAAGCCACAGCCUCCAGGUGCCCCAGAGCCAAGAAGGAAUGACUCACAAGGGCUUUGGAGUAGGGCAGACUGAGAUUGAGUCCUAGCUCCACUGUGCAGGAGUUAAGUUUCCUCAGUAGUUGGGCAAGUGCUUUGACUAUUCCAAGCUUUGAUUUUGUCAGGAAAAAUGGGGGUAACCCCUCACAGGGCCUGCGUAGAAUGCACUGAGCACAGUGCCUGGCGCAGAGCAGCAUCUGGCUAGUAGGAGCUCUUAAAGACAGUAGAGGUCAUUCGAACAUCUACAUUCUCUGCCAGAUGGGGACGCUCACUUCCCCAUUAAUGCCCCUGUUCCCUCCUCUGAGGCCUGGGCAGAGGGCCAGGCCACAGGGACCCAGGUGGUGAGAAAGAGAUCAUUGGUACCCUUGCAUGUGGUUCGUUCGUAGCUGAGGACAAAGCUGCCCAUCCUGACUUUUCCACCAUUGCUGGGGGAGGGAAAGUCAGGUUUGCUGUGUGGUCUGAAUCGGUACCCAGAGGCAAGAGAAGGAUGAGAAGUUUCUCUAGGAGAGGAAGGAGGAUCAUUUGGGAGCUCCCCAGAGGUGUGCAGGAUCCUCCUGAGCAGUUUGGGCCCUGUGACAUUGUCCUGUAGAAAGUGCUAUCCCCCUCCAUCCAUAUGACUUACCCUGUGACAUCAGUGGAAUGGAAGCACCUCAUAGGUGACAUCACUGUUGCCCAAGGCAACACCUCCACCUUAAGUUGGACAGGGAGGACCAAGAACCACCCAACUGUAAGACACACUUUGAAGGGAAGGAACACAGGAGGUAUGACAUCCACGGAAAGCUGCAGCCAUGGCGCUGGGGCUCUUCCGGGUGUGUCUGGUUGUGGUGACCGCCAUCAUCAACCAUCCGCUGCUGUUCCCGCGAGAGAACGCCACGGUCCCCGAGAACGAAGAGGAGAUCAUCCGCCAGAUGCAGGCCCACCAGGAGAAGCUGCAACUGGAGCAGCUGCGCCUGGAGGAGGAGGUGGCACGGCUGGCAGCCGAGAAGGAGGCGCUGGAGCGGGUAGCAGAGGAGGGCCAGCAGCAGAACGAGAGCCGCGCAGCCUGGGACCUGUGGAGCACCCUCUGCAUGAUCCUCUUCCUGGUGAUCGAGGUGUGGCGGCAGGACCACCAGGACGGGCCCUCGCCCGAGUGCCUGGAAGAAGAUGAGCUGCCUGGCCUGGACGGCACCCCCCUCCGGGGCCUCACCCUGCCCAACAAGGCCACGCUGGACCACUUUUACGAGCGCUGCAUUCGAGGGGCCACAGCCGACGCUGCCCGCACCCGGGAGUUUGUGGAAGGCUUCGUGGAUGACUUGCUGGAAGCACUGAGGAGCCUGUGCAGCCGAGACUCAGACAUGGAGGUGGAGGACUUCAUCGGCGUGGACAGCAUGUACGAGAACUGGCAGGUGAACAAGCCGCUGCUGUGCGACCUCUUUGUGCCCUUCAUGCCCCCAGAGCCCUACCACUUCCACCCAGAACUCUGGUGCUCUGGCCGCUCCGUGCCCUUGGAUCGCCAGGGCUAUGGCCAGAUCAAGGUGGUCCGGGCAGACGAGGACACACUGGGCUGUAUCUGCGGCAAGACCAAGCUGGGGGAAGACAUGCUGUGUCUCCUCCACGGCAAGAACAGCGUGAUGCGGCGGCCGGGCAGUGAGGCGGGAGACCUGCUGUGCGCCGGAGACUCUCCAUACCUAGACACCAUGCGGGUCAUGAAGUGGUUCCAGACGGCCCUCACCAAAGCCUGGCACUGCAUUGCCCACAAGUACGAGUUCGACCUGGCCUUUGGCCAACUGGACACCCCGGGAUCCCUCAAGAUCAAGUUCCGCUCGGGGAAGUUCAUGCCCUUCAACCUGAUUCCUGUGAUCCAGUGUGACGAUUCCGACCUGUACUUUGUCUCCCACCUUCCCAGGGAGCCCUUCGGGGACACCCCGGCAUCCAGCACCGAUUGGCUCCUGUCCUUCGCUGUAUACGAGCGCCACUUCCUCAGGAUGACCUCGAAGGCACUGCCGGAGGGUUCCUGCCACCUCAGCUGCUUGCAGAUCGUCUCCUUCUUGCUCUCCAAGCAAAGCCGCCUGACCGGCCCCAGCGGGCUUGGCAACUACCACCUGAAGACCGCCCUGCUGCACCUCCUGCUGGCCCGGCGGCCCACCGACUGGAAGGCUGGGCAUCUCGAUGCUCGUCUGCACGAGAUGCUCUGCUUCCUAGAGAAGAGCCUGCUGGAGAAGAAGCUCCAUCACUUUUUCAUCGGCAACCGCAAGGUGCCGGAAGCCCUGGGGCUCCCCGAGGCGGUGCGCAGGGCGGAGCCUCUCAACCUCUUCCGGCCCUUUGUCCUGCAGCGAAGUCUCUACCGGAAGACAGUGGACUCCUUCUAUGAGAUGCUCAAGAAUGCCCCAGUGCUCAUUAGCGAGUACUCCCUCCAUAUCCCCUCAGACCACUCCAGCCUGCCCCAAAAAGCUGUCAUCUCAUAGAGCAUCCUUGACCCAGAGGACUAGGACAAGGGGCAUCGCACAUGUCCACACCCCUGGGGAUAUCCACAGGCUCUGUCCUGGAAAAAUGAUGGGCUUUGUAGGGUGCCGUGGCUCAGCCUUCCAGGGAAGCCAGACCCUAUAGCACAGAGGAAACGGAAUUCCAAGCCAAAGCUGGUUUGCUUUCGUGCCAUUGGGACCUGCUGGUGAAGCUGUUGUCUGGGUUUGGGUACCGACCAACCCUUUGCAGCUUACUUUUGGAUCACCACCAGUGGCUGAGGUGACGGAAGAGCUCUGUGAACACUGAGUUACAGACAAUGCAAAUAUCGAUUUGGGUGUAAUUCUUUUUACAUCCCACAUCCAGUCUUUACUUGAAUAUCAACAAAGGAGCUACAGGAAUGCUAACAGGGACCCAUGUUAAGACCCUGCAGCCCUAUUUUCAGUGAUCCUUGGCCCCAGGCAUCUGCAACUAAAGCACUAAUAGGAGCAGAUGUGGGAAUUUACCGCGCUCCGUCCACAGCCUGCGCAAGAGGGGUCCCCACCAGGGCUGUUUUUUCAUACUGUUUGUAGAGAAGACCUCGAGAUUCAAGGCCCCAGUGGCUCUGUUGUACAGAAGUGGAUACUCAGUGGCAGAGAGUUUAAAUUGGCCGCUAUUUUAGCUACAUGUCUCACUCAGGGUGCACCCCCUUCUCUCUGCCUCUUCCUUGAGGAUUCUGUGUCCUGAACCUUGUGGGUGCCACAUACCCUGCUGGGUACACAUCACAAAGCCCUUACCCCUUGUUAUUCCUGCACAGCUGGUCUCCCUGACCACCAGGAUGUGAGAGGGUGGGCACUGAAGAUGGAAGGUGAUAGAGAAAGAAGGGCAUGGGGUGACUGGAGCAAAGGACAGAGCCUGGUACCCGAGGUGCUGGGGUCAGGGUGCAGUGUGGCCUCAGCUCAAGAAGGUUGGAGAGGUGAGGAGCGAGGGAGGCCGCAGCCCUGAGUUUCCCUCAGGGUUCCUAUCCGAGUUUCCAGGGUACACCUGGAGGCAAGGUCUGCUGUAGAAACCCAGCUCCAUCUGAAGGCCCCCAAAUCUCCUUGGUUUUUCAUUCCAGUGGGGCCCCCUCACUGCACAAAACCUACACCUCCAUUCUGCAUGGGCCUUGCUGGCCACACAGAUGACCAGCACCCGAAGCACCUGACAGAGGCUCAGCAGACUGGACACAUAGGAACAGACUGCAAGCACAGCCCUCAGACCUGAGAGAGACUGCCUUGGCACUGCUGGGCUUCUGUCCCCAGGCAGGCCCCAGAGCCUGUGGUCAGAGCUGGCCUCCGUCUCCAGGCCUGGUUGGGGCGGGCGGGGCUGGGAAGCCGCUCCCUCCUCCACUUGCGGCUUCACUGGCCCUUUGGGAGUUCCUCUCUUGGCAUCGCCUCGGUACCCUUGCAGAGGCUGAGGAGGAAGCAGGAAUGAGUGCUCUUCCCUCCAGAGUUGAAGCUGGCUGUGCCUCCCCGACAGCCUACCCAGUUCCUCAGGGGCAUCGGGCUCCCCAUGAACUGAAGAAAGGAUCCUGUCUCUACCACAGGGGUGCUGUCACCUAGCGUCAGAGUGUUCUAGAAGAUGGACGGUUUGCCUGACAAGGUUAAUCCCCAGUGGUAGGCUCAGCUGUGAUGGGGCGUGGAAGCCCAAAACUGGAUUUGGACUGAGCAGCGCCUGGGUCUGCCCCUCCCCAGGCCCACAUGAUCUCCAGCCACAACCCUGAGCGCCCCUAUUCCACAGGGAUUCAUUUCUAGAGUUGGGGAGAAUUUCCUUAUUUAUUGUCAUCCGUGCCUUGCCUUUCCCAUCAUCAUCCUCAUCUAAUAUGCUUUGACCCCAGCAACCAAGAACCAGCCUUCCCAAGCCAAGACCAAGCCUGACUCUCCCCUUCACUUCCAGGAGAAAAUCCACUGAAAAAUUACCUUCUGGCCUCUUGUUUAUAGAGAGACAACAGCUCAGCGGCGAAAUGGGGUGGUUUUUUUGUUUUGUUUUGUUUUGUUUUAAUGCACCAAAGCUGCUUCUGAAGCAGAAAGCGGCGGGGCUCUUGGGUUUCAUGCUGCCUUAUUUAUAUUAAAGGAAGAAUUAAAUUCAUGCAAAGAGUA